AACCCAACAUGAAAAUCCUCGUGGUCUUGGCAGUCUUGUUUCUCGUCUCCACUCAACUGUCUGCAGAGGAGAUCAGAGCCAACGAUGAUCUCAAUUAUUGGUCCGACUGGUCUGACAGCGACCAGAUCAAGGAGGAGCUGCCGGAACCCUUUGAGCACCUUCUGCAGAGAAUCGCCCGAAGACCCAAGCCUCAGCAGUUCUUUGGACUAAUGGGCAAACGGGAUGCUGAUUCCUCAAUUGAAAAACAAGUGGCCCUGUUAAAGGCUCUUUAUGGACAUGGCCAGAUUUCUCACAAAAGGCAUAAAACAGAUUCCUUUGUUGGACUAAUGGGCAAAAGAGCUUUAAAUUCUGUGGCUUAUGACAGCAAUGCGAUGCAGAACUAUGAGAGAAGACGUAAAUAAAGCUGCCUGCUGUAUUAUUUAUUCAGCUUCAUUUGUGUCAGUGGGCAGUGAAAGGUAACAUGUGACCUGCACUAAGAGGAAUACUUAUUUAUUUAAUAACUUGUUAUUUUGAGUUGAAAACUCUAAAGAAAAGUGUUUAUUUUUUCAUAUUGUGCCAAAAUGUGUUGUGAACAUGCUAUAUAGUUCUAAUAUGAAGACUCCCUCAGAAGUAGCCAUCAGUGACAACUUCUCAACAAAGCGCGGUGUUUGAUGACAUUGUAACAGCACGUGAAAAUAUCCUCCCUGGGAGAAGAAUGCAUUGCUUUGCAGCAGUCAUGGUAGCUGCUGUGGGAGAGCAGGGAAGCUCUGCCUAGCCCCGGGCUUUCUCUGCUCGCUUCAGUGGUGGACCAUCCUGAGGUGUGGCAUCUAACUCCAUCUGUAUUCCGGCCGCAUGCUUCACAGUCCCUGACUCUAUAGAGAUGUUUUCAAAGCUUUAACGUGAUCCCAAGGUCUCCAUUUCAUUGUGCGAUGUGUUGUGGUAGGUAACAUUUUAAAUAAAAGA